UAAUGAAGAAAGCGUACGACGCCGGCAAUCGCCCCGUCUUCAAGAAUGGCGAGCUCUACAUCCAGGGCAGGAAGUAUACACCCACCCCAUCCAGCUAAGAUUGUUACAGUAUAAUAGUGCCGUUUAUCAUUCAUAAAACCUGAGUUGAUUUUCCUGGUUCAAGUAAAUUAAAGUGUUUCCAUCAUGAUAUAUUUAUGUAUUUGUUUAUGUUUGUCCGUGUGUACAGGAGUAAGGCAUUGCUAUACAGUAUGUGCUUAUUAUCAAAACUAAACUAACCACGAUGCUCCUAUGAUUCCAAGCCUAGAUCCAGAUACAAACUUUCAAGCUCCUGUCAUAAAUUGUGAUUACUAUGAUCAAGAUCAAUUCCUGAAUGCAUUUAACAAGAAAAAAUGUUCAAAUAUGAAAUUAUUACAUAUAAAUGCACGCAGCUUGCCCCGAAAUAUUACUUGUAUUAGGAACUAUGUAAACCUCUUGGAAAACACAUUUUCAAUUAUUGGGAUAUCCGAAUCAUGGUUGAAAGAUACUCAAGAUCCGCUAGUCCAAAUGCAUAAUUUUUCUAUGGAAGGCUUCUGUAGACAAAAUAAACGAGGUGGUGGGGUAGCACUAUAUAUUAGAGAUGACAUCGUUUACAAAACUCGUAACGAUAUAUCAGUGAACAAUUCAGAUAUAGAAUCAUGCUUUAUUGAGCUUGUUAAUAAUCACAAUAGCAACGUGGUUAUUGGAGUUGUGUAUAAAUCACCAAGCGCCCCGUUAAAUAAUUUUAUAGAACUAAUUAAUGACAUAUUGGCUUGUGUUAACAAUGAAAACAAAAAGUGUUAUAUUAUGGGUGACUUUAAUAUUGAUUUAUUGCAGUAUGAUACACACAAUGGUGUACGUAAUUUUAUGGACACUUUGCAAUCCCAAUCUUUUUAUUCCACUAUUAACAAACCAACUAGAAUUACUGCUGACACUGCAACAGUAAUUGACAAUAUCUUGACAAAUGAUUUCAACAACCACCAUGCCGGCGUUUUAGUUACUGACAUAAGCGAUCAUUUACCGGUAUUCCUAGUUACUGAUAAUCUUAGGGAAAACCCGCAGAACGAACGAAGAAACAGUAAGCGUGACUUUAGCAGUAACCAUAUUCAUAAUUUUGUCGACGAACUUAACCAAAUUGACUGGAGUUUUAUAACAUCAUUGAAUAAUUUGCAUGAAAUAUAUGGUAACUUUCAGGAGCAUGUUGUUAAACUGUAUGAUAAACAUUUCCCCUUGCAAGAGGUGAAACGCAGAUAUGAUUCUUGUAAAUCACCCUGGCUAUCUGAUGGCGUUUACAAUUCAAUAAGGAGGAAAAACCACUUGUAUAAA